AUGGCUCAGAAUGAACAACCAUACGAUCCCUAUAUCCCUUCCGGCUCGGCUGGAGCCCAGGCUAGCAAUGGACAGAAUGGCAGCCGGCGGACCGCCGAAUUGCAAGAACAAAUCGACAACACGGUUGGUGUGAUGCGCGAAAACAUCAACAAGGUCUCGCAGCGUGGUGAGAACUUGGAUGCUCUCCAGGACAAGACCGACAACCUCGCCGUCUCGGCCCAGGGUUUCCGCCGGGGCGCCAAUCGCGUGCGCAAAGAUAUGUGGUGGAAGGACAUGAAGAUGCGCGUGUGCCUGGUUAUUUGCGUCAUCGUCCUCCUGAUUGUCAUUAUUGUGCCGUCUGUGUGGGCUUCCAAGCACUAA